AGAGAAUUUGGGCCGUAUAUAGGAAAACAGAUAUAUCAACACAACAAUGAAUUUGAUACUACGUCAUAUUCUUCACCGCCUUAUCUCCCUCCCGUUCACCCACCUUCUGAAGAGAUAAUGGUGUCUUUGAUGACCCUUCAGACAUUUGCUUCUUCUCCGAUAAACCGGAAAGACUGCACCUUGCCGCCAUCUUCCCGAUUUCCCAGGAAUCUACUUUCUUUGAAGUCAUCAUUCUCUGGCGACGCGUUUGAUCCUGCAUCACCUUUUACAAAGUUCCGUCCUUUAACUAGUUACAUUCCAUACGCUAAGCCCGUCAGGGAUUUCAAGGCUGUGGUGUAUGCUAAGACUUCUCAAGUAGGGAGUGGGAAUAAUGCUAAGAGUACUCGAUCUCAAAGGGCAACGCUUGAUUAUUCCCAGAUUCUGAAAUACCCCAUUGUCACAGAAGCUGGAAUAAAAAACAUUCUGCAGAACAACACCUUGGUGUUUGCUGUUGACAAGCGUGCUGACAAGAAGAUCAUUAAGGAUGCGGCCAUGAAGAUAUUCAAAGUUCAGAUCAAGAAGGUUAACACCUCUAUUACGCCUGACGGUACCAAGAAAGCGUUCCUCAUGUUGACCUCCGAUCACAAGGCAGCCGAUGUGGCCAAGAAAGUGAAAGCCAUUUAGAGGGCCAGUAAGAAAUUGGCUAUCUUGCCAUCUAAGUUUUUGUUGUCCUAUACUCUAUUGUAUCAUUGGUGUAUUCUUUACUCGUUUAGAAAAUCGGGGUCAUUGGAGUGGUGGAUUCGAAGGGGUUUUAAGGCCAACAGUUCCAUAGGUGGUUGGACUAUUUGGGGGGUUUGGCCUGAUUUUGAACUUGUUGGUUUGAAUCUACCUAUUUUGAACUGGGGGUAAGGCCAACACUUGACUGGCC